GCUCUGGAGGCUGAAGCCAGAGGGUUUGUUGAAUCCUGAAGUUGGAAGCAAUUGGACAAAACACAGGAGAUUGGGGACAAACACGAGAGGCGUGGUCUCGCUGCUAAAGCUGCAGCUUUAUGGCUACUGCCUCAUCACAGCACUGGUAGUGUCCAAGAGAAAAGGCAAAAUUGGAACUUUUCUCAAGAACUGCGAAUUCGGAUGUAGGGAUUUGGUUUGAAUUGGUUAUAUGUCGUGCAUCAGGCCAGGAUUGUUGAGAACUUUGAGGCGAGGUUCGGUUGCAAACUUAGAGAAUUAUAGGGUGCAAACUGUCGGUAGACUGACCCAUGCUAGAACCGAGAAAAGGACUGGUCAGAGCCCGUCAGGUAAACGAGUGCAAUUAUCUGGAUUGAUUGGGACAUUAAAAUGUGAGCCUGAGUGCAUGAGACUGUGUCUGUAGGGACUGGACAGGUGGCGAUAGUUAGGAGCUUUUGUUUGCAGAGGACCUGAGUUGGAUUCCCAGCACUCACAUCUGUCUAACUGCAGCUCCAGGGGACCCAGCACCUUCUAGUUUUUGUGGGCAUCUUCAUGUAUGUGUGGAUGGAUACACAGGUCAGCCAGAGCUACUUGUCUAAAAAUAACAGCACACAUUUUAAAGAGUGUUGCCUUAGUCUCCUGCUCCUUGGAAGGCGAAGGUGGAAAAAGGGAAAAUUUGAGGCCGUCCUAAGCAACAUAAUGCUGUCCUGUCUCAACAAAGCAAACCGUUAGUAGGAACGUGGUUUCCUAGGAGGGAAUCUGAGAAGUGUUCAGAAGGUAAAACUCCUUACAGUCUAGAGAUAAUCUAUGAAUGAUACUGCAAAACAGAUCCUAUUUAUAUAGCCCUAUCAUUAUCAGCACUCUGUCUUAAACCAUUACAUAUAUAAAUUUUCAAGGGUAGUUGUACUCAGCUUUCUCAUAGGAUUGCCCACACCUCUGGAUACACUUUCUUUUAAAGUUAAGUCCUUAAAAAAUUCAUCUGAUAGUUGAAGUAGCAGUUUGUAGAUUACAUUGAGUGCCCUUUCCUUAUUUCUAUAACAAGCAUAUAGUUACAAAAAUGCCAAGGUUCAGCAAUAAGGAAAUGCGAUGACAUGUUUGUAGGUCUUACACUGGAAAGAAAUGCCUCUUGGAUCCUUGAAACAAGUCAGGAUAAAGGCUGGGUCAUUUAGUUAGAUUUUUAUCAGAUGGCUAAGGUGGAAGAUGGAAUAGAGGACAUUUAUAAUGAGGUAAUUAAAAUGAUAGAACAUGGGCCUAAAAGGAAUGGGGAAAGAAGUUAAAUAGAUGGAUUGGGAGCAAGAAAGCAAAGGUCAGGGACUGAGGUACAUUGUGAAUGACAAUUAGGUUAGCAUGGGAGAGGGUUCAAGAAUUAGGUAAGUUAAUAUAGUGCUCUGUGGGCCCGGGUUUUUAACUCCAGCACCACAUAAAAAGUUGGGCAUGUUCAAGGUAUACUUCUAGGAUCUUAGCACUUUGGUGUACAGGAAGAAGGAUCAGAAGUUCGAGAUCAUCCUCAGCUACAUCCCAAGAUUGAAGCCAACUUCGGCCACAUGAGGUCCUGUCACAAAUGAAAGAAAGUUUGAGGCCAACCCAUAGGCUGCACAGCAAGACAUUGUCUCAAAAGGUGUUUCCAGUUGAGGGCAGCACAGGGCAGCAGGAUGUCUGUGGACCCGAUGGCCUACGAGGCCCAGUUCUUUGGCUUUACGCCACAGACAUGCCUGCUGAGGAUCUACACGGCAUUUCAAGACCACCUGUUUGAAGUGAUGCAGGCUGUGGAGCAGGUUGUCCUGAGGAAGCUGGGAGGCACCCCAGGCUGCGAGAUCAGCCCUGUACAGAUUCGUAAAUGCACAGAGACCUUUCUUUGCUUCAUGAAGGAACGCUUUGAUAACCUUUUUGGCAAAAUGGAGCACCUGAUUUUGCAGUCGAUUUUGUGUAUUCCUCCAAACAUCCUGCUUCCUGAAGAUAAGUGUCAGGAGACUCAUCCUUUCAGUGAAGAAAAAUUCCAGCUUCUCAAACAGGAAAUUGAAGAGUUACAGGAGAAGUAUAAGGUUGAAUUACGUACUGAGCAGGCCCUUCUUGCAGAGUUAGAGGAGCAAAAAAUUGUUCAAGCCAAACUCAGAGAGACCUUAACUUUCUUUGAUGAGCUUGAGAACAUUGGCAGAGACCACGGAACUAGUAACUUUAGGGAGAGUUUGGUGUCCCUUGUCCAGAACUGCAGAAAACUCCAGAACAUUAGAGACAGCGUGGAAAAGGAAAGCAGAAGACUGGAGACGCGAUGAUUUCUCUGAAGAGAGGCCGUGUAAAGAGGUGGCUUUCCUUUGUCUGCUCUUAUGUUUAGGUCUUCAGCAGCCACUUCCCCCCUUUGCUGGGUUACACAAGGCAAAUCGCAGGUCUUCUGAAUUGCGGGCUUCAGUUGGGACUUCUAAAGUGAGGCUUGUGUUCGCCUCCUUUCCCAUUCUGAAGCUCGCGCGCCCUCGGGUCUGGUCAUGUCUCCAGUUCUUUGGGAUUGUAACCCCUCUGCUCCUAGGGAUGUGCUAGUGUGAUUUCAGGAGGGAAUGGAAUCCUUGAGUGGCUGGGUGCUUCUGUUCAUCACUUCUGGGUACCUGUGUGUUCGCUUAUUGAGUGUUGGAGUGCAGCCAUGAGGUACAUCAGGGACUGACAGAAAAGCUGGCCUGGGGACAUAGCUCAGUGGUAGAGUGUACUCAGAGUGUGGCUGUCUCACGGUCUGACACACCACAUGAGAGAAGCAGAAGGUGAAGGGGGAGGAAGGAAAAAAAGGGAAACGGUACGUCAGAGGGGGUCAGGACUAUGACAUGAGGUAUAUUACAAUAUUAGAAGGGGCAUAUCUGUCUGAUAAUGUAAGAUUCAAGGGAGGCUUAAAAGAGAAGGCAUUGGCCAUGUUCCUGUGGGCUCAUCCUGGACAAAGAAAAGAGCAGAGACCCUGUAAGGUAGAGCAUAUUAAGGAGUCACACAGCUGACACAGAUGUGGGUCGUGUGGGAAGCAGGGUCACACCUCUCACUGGCCAUUCUGGUUCAUGAGACAAGCAGAGGCUGAUGAGAGGGUGAUCAGGCAAAAGUACUUGCAGUGCAAGCCUGUGACCUGAGUCAGAUCCCUGGAACCCACUUUAAAAGAUGGGGAAAAAAGAUUUACAAAAUUGACUUCUAAAUGUACAUGUGGCGUUGCAGCUCCACCUCCACAUUGCACGCAUCACAUAUACAUACACACACAUAUAUUAAAAGUUUAAGAGACAAGUAAAACCCCUGUGUAUGUGUGAGUUUGUACCAUUAAAAACUGACUCCUAGCCAGGCAAGGUGGAGCAUGCCUUUAAUCCCAGUACUUGGGAGGCAGAGGCAGGCUGAUACCUGAAUUUGAGGCCAGCCUGGUCUAUAAAAUGAGUCCAGAACAGCCAAGGGUCUGUCAGACAGAGAAGCCCUGAAUCAAAAACCAAAAUACAGAAAAAGACCAAAAAAACCCGUCUGACUCCUAACGGCAUCGUGCACACUGUUGAUCCCAGCACUCUGGAAGCAGAGGCGGUGGAUCGCCUGUGAGUUCAGCCUGCCUUCAUAGAUUUCCAGGGCAGCCAGGGCUACACAGACCCUGUCUCAAAAAGAAAACAACAGAACUCAGAUCUGACUGAUGACACUUGUCAUGUUGGUAAAGCAGACUGUUGAGGACCUUCAAGUAGAUAGCGGGACCACUGCAGCAAGAUUUUGCAUUGAGGCAGAGAUUAGAUUUUGAAUUAAAAAAGUUGGGUGGGCAGCUAAGGGACAGAAUGGGACUUGUAGGAGACAGAGGGGCUAUCACUGGAUAGAAAUUUACUAAAGAGUCAGUGUUAGGGUGUGAAUGUGUCUCACAAAAUUCAUGUGUUAAAACUCCUGAUUUCUUAGGGGUACAGUGUUGAAUGUUUAUACUUUGGUUAAUGGAAAUUCUGUGGAAGUGGAGUGUUUUUAGGGAGUAGGUUUCCAAUAAAAACAUGAGUUCAGAGGGCUGGAGAAAUGACUCAGAGGUUAAGAACACUCACUGUUCUUCUAAAGGUCCUGAGUUCAAUUCCCAGCAACCACAUGGUGGCUCAUUAACCAUCUAUAGUAAGAUCUGGUAUAUACAGGCAGAAUGUUGUAUAAAUAAUAAAUCUUAAAAAAAAAUGUAAAACAUGAGUUGGGGGCGUUCCUCUCUGGUGUGAUCUCUCUAAUGCUUCCUAUAAUUACCUUAACUUUGGAUUUCCUAAUCUCUAACCUGUAAAUAAAUAUUUUCUUGAAGUA